GCGAAACUGGUAGGUGUUCUGUGGUUCUAGUACACUCAUCAGCAUUGAAGGCGUGUAACCCAAUAUCGGAUGUUUACUAACGCGCAUGUUGCUCUAUAGCGUCCUGAGUCCUCUCGACGUAAACGUUACGUAAGGACAUGCCCACCAUGAAAUCGUAACAGGAGCACUGUUCACAAGUCACGUCGGGAAAGAUACCGAAACCGCUUCGUGGCAGUGGACGCAUCGCGCAUCAUGAACGAGCCACGAUUAAGGUGAUCUUUUUGCAGCUGUGCCGUAGGGACCGCACGACACUCGUUUAGCAAGAUUGUUUCGUUUACACGCGUCUUACGUUGGUGCCGGGCAUGAUGGACAUUCCCGUUCACGGCAGCAACAGUGACAAUGGACAGAGCUCGGACUCCAGUUCCACGGGCUCUGGCAGCUACGUCAAAAUCUCCAUGGACACUGACGAACCGAAGGCUUUGACUGCCGACUCUCCCGUCGCACAAGCCGCUGCCGCGGCUACAGCGAAAGUGGCGACGGCUCUACCGACCAUUCCGCCGCAAGCACCGCCGGCCAAGGCCUUGGAAGAGUUCGUCUUCAUGGCGACCGCGAGUCCGGACUACAGUCGCCUGACUGGCACAAUGGACCCUUGGUCCUCUGCACACAGUGGCAAAGGAGAAACCACGUUUGCAUCGUCCAUACCUGGUUCAUCGUUUCUGCAUCAGAAAGGCCUCGGAUGGUUGCUCGAGGUGGACGAUGCAGAGGACGAUGACAAAGCUCCUCUUUUGGAAGAGUUGGACAUUGACCUGAAGGACAUCUACUACAAGGUGUGCUGUGUGUUGCUGCCCUUUCCUUUCAUGGGCUACAAGCGGCAACUGGUCAGGGACAGCCCCGACUUCUGGGGACCUCUGCUGGUGGUCAUUCUCUUCUCGCUUGUCUCCAUCUAUGGGCAGUUCUCGGUGGUCUCAUGGAUUGUCACCAUGUGGAUCUUUGGAUCACUAGUCAUUUUUCUUCUGGCUCGAGUUCUGGGUGGAGAGGUUAGCUACUCCCAGUGCCUAGGUGUGAUUGGCUACUCUGUCCUGCCCCUCGUGGUUACUGCGACCACUCUGCCUCUGGUCAGACCGUUCCACUAUGUGGAGUUGACCUUCAAGCUGCUUGGUGUUCUGUGGGCAACAUACAGUGCUGGCUCACUGCUGUGUGUACAGGAACUGCAGAACAAAAGGCCACUGUUGUUGUACCCGGUCUUUCUGCUAUACGUCUACUUUUUCUCUCUCUAUUCGGGCGUUUGACCUCAGUUGUGGGGCAUCUGCUUGCCGAUUCUUCUGUUGGUAUAGAACAGUACGCAAUUUCGUAACCCAGGUGUGUUGGUUUGCUGCGCAUAAAUCCCUCUUGGAGAGAGUUCGUUUUAUUUUGCUCGAAAACUACGUUUCUGUGCUAAUAUAAAAUUGUGGGGGCCAAGUUUAAAAUGGCUUGGAAGAAAGGAGAAAUAAAUUGUUAUGGGAACGAC